ACAGUGAAAAUCGAUGAAGAAAAUAUAGAAAUUAUGAACGGGUUAUUGUGUAGUACGUGUCGGGAAGGCUCCGUUGUAUAUAUUACUCACUUAGUAAGUUACAAGCAAUUAUUCAUAGCAGCUAUUAAUACGCUGGAAGACGAAGAUAUCUUUGCCUUUGAAAUUCGAAAAUGUCCACCAUUUGUAAUAAAUGAACCCCUCAACAUCGGCGACAUAGUAUUCGUUUCUAAUAUUAAUAAUGCUGAACAGAAUUGUUGCUAUCGUGAAGUGGUUCUAGGUUCCAGCGGUAAAUUUUUUAAGAUACAUAACGUUGAUCGAGAGUGUACACACUCGCUGAACCAAAAGUGUUGCGUAGAGCUUUUCUUCUGGUGCGCUCAUUACCUGUUCGAUGCUUUUUAGUAAAUUUCAUGCUGUUGCAAGACAUAUCUACCCCUGCUGAAGAUAACAAAGCUAUAGCUGGAUUAGAGAGUUGCCUCGAAAAUGCCGUAGACUUUGACGUAACCUACGAUGAUGUUAAGAAUGUUGAUUUAUUAUUUCGCAUUAAGCAAAGGCAAUCGUUCUGUUCAAAAUUAUUGCCGAUGUUAUUUGAAGGAUGACUGAGCCCAGAGAAAAAUCUUUAAGCAAAAAUCCCACCUUGCUGAAAAUAUAUCCUCGGCCUCCAUCUCUGCCUAGCUCGCCCGAUACCCUUCGAGAGGAAAUGGAAGAGUUGGAGAUAAAAACUAUAAAAGAGCUUUAAUGUCAAAUCGGAAGUCUCUCGUAAACAAUAAUACCAAUAAAAUUUUUACACUAGAUGAUUUGGAAGUUAUACUCAUUGAAUGUGGUGAUAAUGUUGAUUUAUAUGUCUUAACAACUAUUUCCGCGUUAAACGAAAAUCGUUACGUUACCGCGUUCGGUUGUGACAAGAAUUCAUUUCUAAAAUGA